AUGGCCCGCACCAAGCAAACCGCUCGCAAGUCUACCGGUACGUAACCAUCUCUCCAAACCCACAAUCGAAUCAUGGUUAUCGCCUCCGAGGUCGUCGUGCGACAGGCUGGCUGAUCUUGGUCACGUGAUUCUACCUACAAAACAAACAGGUGGCAAGGCGCCCCGAAAGCAGCUCGCCGCCAAGGCCGCCCGCAAGUCGGCCCCCGCCGCUGGUGGCGUCAAGAAGCCUCACCGAUACCGUCCCGGAACGGUUGCUCUCCGUGAAAUUCGUCGUUACCAGAAGUCGACCGAGCUCCUCAUCCGCAAGCUCCCCUUCCAGCGUCUCGUCCGUGAGAUCGCACAGGACUUCAAGACCGACCUCCGCUUCCAGUCAUCGGCCGUCAUGGCUCUUCAAGAGUCCGCCGAGGCGUACCUCGUCUCGUUGUUCGAGGACACCAACUUGGCUGCCAUCCACGCCAAGCGUGUCACCAUCCAGCCCAAGGACAUCCAGCUCGCCCGCCGUCUCAGAGGCGAGCGAUCGUAA